UCACGUGACGGGCGGGCAGAUGGCGGCCGGGCUGCCGCCGCGCUGAGGGGAGCCGGCAUGGAGGUGUUCAUCCCGUCCUUCCGAUACGAGGCGAGCGAGCUGGAGCGGGGAUACACGGUCUUUAAAAUAGAAGUGCUGGUGAGUGGAAGGAAACAUUUUGUGGAGAAGAGGUAUAGUGAAUUCCAUGCACUUCAUAAAAAGCUCAAGAAGUUCAUAAGAACACCAGAGAUCCCUUCAAAGCACGUGAGAAACUGGGUCCCCAAGGUCCUGGAGCAGCGACGACAAGGCUUGGAGUUGUACUUGCAGGUGAGCAUCCUGGUGCUCCAUGGCACUGCCAGUUGGAUCUUGCCCUGGGAGAGGGACUGGACAGUCAUUUUAGAAAAUGAAGAGCUCCCUAAGAUAUUUCUCGAUUUUCUCAAUGUUCGUCAUGUACCUACCUUGCCAAAAGCAGAAAGCUGUGGCUCUUUUGAUGAAACAGAAUCUGAAGAAUCAAGCAAACUGUCCCACCAGCCUGUGCUGCUGUUCCUAAGGGAUCCAUAUGUCUUGCCUAAAGCCAACGAUGACUUUCCAAAUGUAGUUAUAGAUGGCAUUCUACAUGGAAUAUUUUAUCCUCACUUACUCCCCAGGUAGAAGUAAUAUGAGGCAAGAAGAAGCUGAAGUCAUGGUUAAUAGAAUUAACAGGAAUAAAAUUCUGUGAUGUGAAAAUUAUGCUCAGAAGCAAGAGGCACAACCUGAGAUUAAGUUCAAGCAUUAUGACUUUUUAAAUAAAAUCACUGUCAUUACAGUUGCUGCUUUUAAAAAAGAUACGGAAACAACAGUAUUGAAGUUAUUUAUACUUUCUAUAUAUUGACAUGCUCUGUUUAACACUAAAUGUUCUAAGUCAUACACUGAAUUAUGCUAACCUUUGAAGAGAAAAAUUUUACUAAUUAUUUCUAUAAUUUCUCUUAAAGCAAACACUAAACCAUUUUGCACCAGGAUUUUUCCCAGCACAUUACCCAUUGCUGGCACUGGAUGGAUUAGAAGUGCUGAAGAGAGUGUGUGCAGAAUUGGAAACAUGCUUUCACAUUCUGAAAUACACAGCACUCUCUGAGGAAAUUUUCUAGAUUUCAGUUUAAAUUAUUUGACUUACCAGGAGCUUCUCUAUGGCUUUUGCACAUCUCCAUUCAGUUAUGACAUCUAACUUGUGUGUUUGUUUACUUUCCACACCAACUUGCUGACUGUAUUCCAUAUAUUAACAUUUUGUAAGUCACAGAACAUACAACUCUGUGGUAAACUAAAGCAAGAAUAUUAUUAAGAUUAUGAUCAAACUAAAACGGAUACAUAUAUAUGUAUGUUCAGAUUUAACUGGAAAUUUGUAUGUGUGCUGCUGGACAUUAUAAAAUAAAUUACUAGACAUGAAUGUA